AUGCCGCCGGGUGAUGGUAUCCGACGCGAUAUUGCCCACAUAAGUGCUGAAGAGCGCGGCAGACUACGGGAUGCUAUAAUUAAACUGCACAAGAACAAAUUUUAUCCUGGCGACCGAAAUGACAAUCCCACUGGCGGUGUCAGUUAUUGGUUCAAGCAAGAUGAGAUUCACGCUCAUACUCAUCACGGAUCUCCAGCCUUUCUUCCUUGGCACCGUGAGCUCGUCAAUCGAUUCGAAGCACUGAUAAGAGAAAUCGAUCCAACUCUAUCUUUGCACUACUGGGACUGGACAAAGGACCCACAAAAUCUAGAUGACGGACAUGGAGGGAACUUCAGCCUCUUUACAGCAGAUUUCAUGGGAAGCGCAUCUGGUGAGGCGGGAGAACCGUGGAGAUCGAACGGGUUUUACGAUCCGAACGCGUCGAGUACGCGUUCAGAUAACCCAUUUGAUCCUAAUAACAACCCAGUUGACCCCCCAAGGCUCAUUACACGAAAUGUAUCACCAGGCUCCCCGGUGACGGGAAACGAUGACCAAGCAACAGUUAACCUUUCCUCAUAUCCGGCGUUUAGAAACCAGAUAGAAGGGUAUCACGGUUUAGCGCAUGGUCACAUAGGCGGAAGCCUGAGCAACCCACACACAUCAUUCCGUGAUCCGUUUGUAUUCCUCCUUCACUCCGGUCUAGAUCGCCUCUUUGCAUUAUGGCAACUCAGCAGUGACGUUGAUGUACGUCUGGACCCAGAGCAAGUGUACAGUUUUGAGGGUAAUUCCACCGGUUCUGGGGAUGUGCAUACCCUGAGACCCUUCUGGGGUAUCCUGAGCCCUGUCGAACCGUGGGCUGGACCUGCCGCUCAAAAUACAUCUACAGGAGUCAUCUCUAAUGUGCGUGCGACCCGCCCUUGGGCUCCUCCAGAGAAUCAGCAGAAUCUUCCCGAAAGCCAAAAGAAUCACAAGCACUGGACUAUUGUGAAGCCACCCCGUUAUGAUACCAAUCCGACGGUUGUGGAAGUCCUGAACCCAGGAAAUAUUAUCUCCUUCAACCAAGUGCCCGCUAGGGAAACAACCGUCCGCGCAGCAACUUUCAGGUUUAUAUCUAGCUAUCCAGUUAAUUUCUCCGUUACAUCUGGUCCGGGGCCGCCUUUCUCUGUAUUCACCAGAGGCGGAACUGUGUCCAUCUUUGGAAGUAACGAUAGUAUCUGGUCAGAAGCAAAAGUGUGGUUCUCAUUCACCGCGGGGCCAGCCAAUGAAACAGCCCCGUCUUCCCCGGUGACAAUUCAUUGCGAAACAACAAACUACAGCCAAGACUUUACGUUUACCUUGACUGGAAUGAGCAUUCCGCGUCCAACCGCCGCAGUAGUGCUGGCGUUAGACCAGUCUGGGAGCAUGAAUGAACCUGCAGGAACUACGGGCCUUCGUCGGAUUGAUGCCCUCAAAUAUGCAGCAAAACAGUUCGUUGAAGUAAUCCAGCCUGGCAACGCUAUAGGGUUGAUACGGUUUGACCACAUUGCUUAUGCUCCGAAUGAUUCAAUAUAUCCUGGUCUUCCCCUCUCAACCGUUGGUGAAGGAAUAUUUGAUCAGGAGCGCACCAACGCCAGGAAUGCAGUCAAUGCACAUGCCACCAAUAUAAGGGGCUCCACGUCCAUUGGAGCUGGCAUCCUCCAAGCCCAUCAAGUACUUAACACGUCUACCAGUUGGGACGUAAAAUCAAUCGUUGUCUUCACCGAUGGGCUCGAGAACACACCUCCAACUAUCCAAUCAGCCAUGAACAGUAUCAACUCGCGUACGUUUGCCAUUGGCCUUGGAAACCCCCAACAGAUCGAUACAGUCGCGUUAAACGCGAUCACGAAUGCCACUGGUGGAUACGUAUAUAUCACCGGUGCUCUAGGUCCUACAGAUGAAGACUUUUUCAAGUUGACAAAAUAUUUCCUGCAAAUACUCGCCGGGGUCACAAAUACUGAUAUCGUCGUAGACCCCGUUGGAUUCCUACCUCACAACUCUGAGAUUCAUAUACCCUUUGCAGUUGCAGACGUUGAUAUCGAAGUGACAGUGGUUCUCUCUGUCGAUGUGCCUGCGGUGGACAUUUAUCUUAUCACACCCUUAGGAAAGAAGAUAACUCCUUCCAAUGCAAACGGGUUGAAUGUCUCCUUCUCAACCGCAGACAACACCUCACUUUACCGUUUUACGCUUCCAGUUACGAUCGACUCUGAACAAGAAAGCACUGGUAAUUGGGAAGCAGUGCUCCAGAUCAAUGAGAAACAAUUUAAGAAGUACUGCGAGCCUCAGGUGACGCAUGGUGAGACUACUCCUACGCCUUGCCGGCGUGGUGGUGCCCGCUACAAUGCCAGCGUGUACGCGUGGUCCAACCUGCAUUUACGCGCAAAUGUCUACCAAGAUACCUCACAGCCAGGCACUAGUAUAACUAUCCGCACGCUUCUUGACGAAUACGGUGUCCCUUUUGGAGGCAGUGCGAAUGUUGUCACCCACGUAGCUUGCCCCGAUGGAACACAUUUCGAAAUUUCUCUUGGAAAGAUCGAUAACGGUAUCUAUGAAGGGGAAUUCAAGGCUGUGAUGCAUGGGUUCCGUCGUGCUCUCUGA